CGCCAUCUGAGGAGGUGUUCAGUGAAGUUAUCUGGAAAUAUCUUGUAAAAUGACCGACAAAGAGGGAGCGAAGGGUAAGCAUACAACUACUACAAGAACUACCAAGUGUCAGAGGGAAAAAUGGUGCCUGGAAUCAAGAACAGCACCGUCAUAUUCUGGCACUCUUUCCAUUAACUUAGGGGAUGGUGGUGGCCCUGCGCCUGUGCGUGCGGCACCAGACCUCCCGACAACCGUGGCUGUGGCAGAGGUAACACCUGUGCAACGUCUGCAAGACACAUUUGAUGAUGCAGUGGAAGAGCGUGUUAUCAAUGAAGAGUAUAAGAUAUGGAAAAAGAACACACCCUUCUUGUAUGACCUUGUGAUGACUCAUGCCCUAGAGUGGCCAUCACUUACAGCACAAUGGCUCCCUGAUGUCACAAGACCGGAGGGCAAAGACUACAGCAUUCAUAGGCUGAUCCUUGGUACACACACCAGUGAUGAGCAGAACCAUCUGCUUAUUGCCUCAGUUCAGCUUCCAAAUGAAGAUGCCCAGUUUGAUGCAUCACAUUAUGACAAUGAGAAAGGCGAGUUUGGAGGUUUUGGAUCUGUCAGUGGAAAGAUUGAGAUCGAGAUAAAGAUAAACCAUGAAGGAGAAGUAAAUAGAGCUCGAUAUAUGCCUCAAAAUCCAUGUGUCAUUGCCACUAAGACCCCUUCUAGUGAUGUGCUUGUCUUUGAUUAUACAAAGCAUCCAUCAAAGCCUGACCCAUCAGGAGAAUGCCAUCCAGAUUUAAGGCUCCGUGGUCACCAAAAGGAAGGUUAUGGCUUAUCGUGGAACCCCAACCUGAAUGGCUAUCUCCUUAGUGCUUCUGAUGAUCACACCAUUUGCUUGUGGGAUAUUAAUGCAACUCCAAAAGAAAACAGAGUUAUUGAUGCUAAGACUAUCUUCACAGGACACACAGCAGUUGUUGAGGAUGUGGCGUGGCAUCUUCUACACGAGUCACUCUUUGGUUCUGUGGCAGAUGAUCAGAAGCUCAUGAUCUGGGAUACACGAGCUAACAACACAAAUAAACCUUCACACACAGUGGAUGCCCACACUGCUGAGGUUAAUUGUCUUUCCUUCAAUCCCUAUUCAGAAUUUAUCCUAGCUACUGGCAGUGCUGACAAGACAGUUGCCUUGUGGGACCUGCGCAAUCUCAAGCUGAAACUCCACUCAUUUGAGUCGCACAAAGAUGAGGUUUUCCAGGUGGUACAGGUUCAAUGGUCACCUCAUAAUGAGACGAUCUUGGCAAGUUCUGGCACUGACCGUCGGCUGCAUGUAUGGGACCUUAGCAAGAUCGGUGAAGAACAGAGUGCUGAGGAUGCAGAAGAUGGGCCUCCUGAAUUAUUGUUCAUUCAUGGAGGUCAUACUGCCAAGAUUUCUGAUUUUUCAUGGAACCCCAAUGAACCCUGGGUUAUCUGUUCGGUCAGCGAAGACAACAUCAUGCAGGUGUGGCAGAUGGCAGAAAAUAUUUACAAUGAUGAAGAACCAGAGACCCCAGCAUCUGAACUUGAAUCCGGUGCAUCUUAAAAAUCUGUAAGGCCUUCAUUAAUACUGUACCAUCUGAAACUAUUGACACUGCAGUCAGCUUUGUCCAUACUCAUAACUGGAGUGAGCAUUAUAUGGUUUGCACUUGGAUCUGUAUACAAAGCACAGUAUUUUACUGUGAUUCAAAGAAUAUACUUAUAAUUUUUUCAGGUUGUGUCAGUUGAUGUAUGGAAAAGUUUUCAUAAAUUCAUAGAAUAAAUGUUUAUUUUAUUAGGGUAAUAUAUAUCUACUACAUCAAAUCAUCAGAUCAUUUUGUGGAUAUAUUUGGCAAUUGCUUUUACAGUACUGUGUAAAGUCAUCAAACAUUUGUCAUUCCAUAUAAUGCAUAAACUUCUGUUAAUUAUGCUAUUAAUUGUUGCAAGGAUUUCAUUAGAAUUACUAUCAUUUUCUUAAUAAAAUACAUUUAUGUUGAAA